ACAACACCACCACACCACCACCUUCCUCCUUCCUCUUAGGCACCUACAUUCUACACUCUCUGAUUUGCGCAAACACCCGAAUACGCAGAGAACUAUAGUACUACGCUAGCACGAUAAGACAGCUCGUUGCCUGCUCCCUACGCAUUUCCGCGACAUCCCAGCUACGCUCGCCGCACGCCCAUCUAUCUUCAUAACGACGCCAGGUCGCCACGCUCCUAAAUAUGCGCUUCGCACUCCUCUCCUUCUUCAUCGCGCUCUUUGCUGCCUUCGCCAUGGCGGUUGCUCCCCAUCGUUCCGUCAUAAUCAGUUGGCCGAACGAGACGCCGGAUCACAUUGUUGAGGAGGCCAAGGAGGCCAUUCGCAAGGCCCAGGGCGUCAUUACCCACGAGUACAAUAUCAUCAAGGGAUUCGCUGCGCAAGCCCCGGCUUCUGCCCUCGAAUUCGUGUCGACGAUGAGCGAUUCAUACAAGUGUGAGAUUGAGGAGGAUGGAGUUGUCACUACGCAAAACGAUGCCGAGUAGACAGGCUGUCGCUGAACGAAGGACUGGGUUGGACAUACUUUGGCUUUGGCCUUGGCAACAUGGACAUGAAUUACGUAUAGAUAUGGGAACUUCCUCAGGCUGGAGUUAUAGGUGCAAACAUGGAAUACCGGAAAAUGCGGGAUAGGUACUGCUAUGAAGUCGCCGUAAAUUGAAUCAAGCACUUGAUAGACUCA